AGAUCAUUCAUUUCUAAUCAUCAAUAGAACAAUAUCACCCUUGGCUGUCCCGGUCACUUACUCGCGCCUACGACGAUGAUCUCGGUGAACGACGCUCUUCACAUAGUCCUUAAUGCCUCCAAGCGUCUUCCUCCGGUCACUGUACCUCUGGUUGAUGCUUUGGGCAAGGUUUUGGCCGAGGAUGUUCGGGCUCCAGACCCUUUGCCUCCUUACCCAGCUUCGGUGAAGGAUGGUUAUGCAGUGGUUGCUGCUGAUGGGCCGGGGGAAUAUCCGGUAAUUAUUGAAUCAAGAGCUGGGAACGAUGGUGUUGGUGUUACUGUGACUCCUGGCACCGUGGCUUAUGUGACAACUGGAGGUCCAAUACCUGAUGGUGCUGAUGCAGUUGUUCAGGUUGAGGAUACUGAAAAAGUUGAGAAUGCUUUGGAUGAGCCAAAGCGGGUGAGAAUAUUGGCAAAAACCGCCAAAGGCAAUGAUAUACGGCCAGUGGGUCUUGAUAUUCAGAAAGACACCAUAGUCUUGGCAUCUGGAGAAAGAUUAGGUGCUUCAGAGAUUGGGCUGCUUGCUACAGUUGGUGUGACAAUUGUGAAGGUGUAUCCUACUCCAACUGUUGCUGUGCUUUCUACAGGAGAUGAACUUGUAGAGCCAACUACUGGGAAUCUGAGCCGUGGUCAGAUUAGGGACUCUAAUCGUGCCAUGCUACUGGCAGCGGCGAUACAGCUUGAGUGCAAAGUUCUAGACCUUGGUAUUGCAAAGGAUGAUGAAGAAGGUCUGGGAAGGAUCUUGGAUGAUGCUUUUGCUUCUGGAAUUAAUAUUCUUCUAACUUCAGGUGGUGUUUCCAUGGGAGACAAAGAUUUUAUUAAGCCCUUGCUUGAGAAGAGGGGAAAAGUACAUUUCAGUAAGGUGUGUAUUAAACCAGGGAAACCAUUGACAUUUGCCGAGAUUGUCUUUGGAUCAGCCGAAAAUAAAAUUCUAGCUUUUGGGUUGCCUGGAAAUCCUGUCAGCUCUCUAGUGUGUUUCCAUCUCUUUGUAGUCCCUGUGAUACGCAGCCUUGCAGGAUGGACUAACCCUCAUCAUCUGAGUAUAAAAGCUCGGCUUCGUCAGCCAAUAAAGACAGACCUGGCUCGACCAGAAUAUCAUCGAGCUAUUGUUACAUGGACUGACAAUGAUGGGACUGGAAAUCCUGGCUUUGUGGCUGAGAGUACUGGUCAUCAGAUGAGCAGUCGAUUACUGAGUAUGAAGUCAGCUAAUGCAUUUUUGGAGUUGCCAGCAACAGGCAGUAUAAUUUCGGCUGGGAGCCUCGUAUCAGCUAUUGUAAUUUCUGAUCUAAAACCUGUGGCUCUCGGCUGGAAUAAUAUGCCAUCAAAUUCAAAUUUUGCUAUACCGGGAAAUAAAUCACAUAAAAUGAUUGUGGAUAGGCCAAGUGAUGCUGAAUUUAGAGUUGCUGUUCUUACAGUAAGUGACACUGUUGCUACAGGGGCUGGACCUGAUAGAAGUGGCCCCAGGGCAGUUUCUGUCAUUAAUUCCUCUUCAGAAAGGUUAGGGGGGGCGAGAGUAGUAGAAACAGCUGUGGUCCCAGAUGAAGUGGCAAAAAUCCAGAACAUUCUGAGGCAAUGGAGCGAUGUUGAAAAAAUGGAUCUUGUAAUCACUCUUGGUGGAACGGGUUUUACCAUGCGAGAUGUAACACCAGAAGCUACAAAACCGUUGAUUGAAAAAGAAACACCUGGUCUUUUGCAUGUAAUGAUGCAAGAGAGUUUAAAGGUGACCCCAUUUGCAAUGCUAUCACGCUCUGCAGCUGGAAUCAGAGGCUCGACAUUGAUCAUUAACAUGCCGGGAAAUCCAAAUGCUGUUGCUGAGUGUAUGGAAGCUUUAUUGCCGGCACUUAAGCAUGCUUUAAAGCAGCUCAGGGGAGACAAGAGAGAGAAAAAUCCUCGUCAUGUUCCACAUGCUGAUGCUGCUCCUACAGAUACUUGGGAACGGAGCUAUAAGUUGGCCAGUGAGGGAGGCUCUGAAUCAUCGUGUUCCUGUUGUAAAUAAAGUAAAAUAUGUACUGUAUCAUCUGCUCCUCUCCCUUUCAUUGUUUCCCUGUAUUCGUUUUUCCUUAUGGGGUUGGGGGUGAACCUGGUUUAAAUCUCUUGUAACGUGUCAAACCCCAAUAAUGGAGCCAUCUUCUUUCGCUA